GGGGCCUCUAAAUUGGGUUGAAGAGCCGAGGUGCCCCGAGAUCCCGGCCCGUCGGCCGGCCCAAGCUGCAGCAGGACUUGGGGCAGAUCCCACACACUGCCCCCAGACCCGUCAGGCGGAGAGUUACCAAAUGUAGAUAACCUUUCCUGCAAUGCUGCAAGCAGAUGGAGGGACCGGCCCCAGGAUCCAGACGCUUACAAAGGGCCACCCCUUCUUCCCAUCCAUUCAUUUUGUUUCAUUCCUGAGUCUACACUAUUCAUUGACGAGCAGGGGCCACGCGGAGAAGCGCUUACAGUCGGUGGGGAAAUAGGCUCCAGACUGAUAGGCUCCACGCUGGGCCACAAGUGCUGUUCCAGCGCUAUCAGUCGGGCGUGGCGCCAGCUGAGCCGGCCUGUCUAAAUUGGUCCCACCACCCGCCCUGCUGGCCAGGAGAGUAGGAUGAGAGGUGGCCGUUAUGAGGACCCUGAGAGCCAUGGCCAUGCAGAAAAUCUUUGCCCGAGAAAUCCUGGACUCCAGGGGCAACCCCACUGUGGAGGUGGACCUGCACACAGCCAAGGGCCGAUUCCGAGCAGCUGUGCCUAGUGGAGCUUCCACGGGUAUUUAUGAAGCUCUAGAACUAAGAGAUGGAGACAAAUCCCGCUACCUGGGGAAAGGAGUGCUGAAGGCUGUGGAGCACAUCAACAAGACUCUGGGCCCUGCUUUGUUGGAAAAGAAACUAAGCGUUGUGGAUCAAGAAAAAGUUGAUAAAUUUAUGAUUGAACUGGACGGGACCGAGAAUAAGUCCAAGUUUGGGGCCAAUGCCAUCCUGGGCGUGUCCUUGGCAGUGUGUAAGGCAGGAGCAGCUGAGAAGGGAGUCCCGCUCUACCGACACAUUGCAGAUCUUGCUGGGAAUCCUGAGCUCAUACUCCCAGUGCCUGCCUUCAACGUGAUCAAUGGGGGCUCCCAUGCUGGAAACAAGCUGGCCAUGCAGGAGUUCAUGAUUCUGCCUGUAGGAGCCAACUCCUUCAAGGAAGCCAUGCGUAUCGGUGCUGAGGUCUACCACCACCUCAAAGGGGUCAUCAAGGCCAAGUAUGGGAAAGAUGCCACCAAUGUGGGGGAUGAGGGUGGCUUCGCACCCAACAUCCUGGAGAACAAUGAAGCCCUGGAGCUGCUGAAGACAGCUAUCCAGGCAGCUGGAUACCCAGACAAGGUGGUGAUUGGCAUGGAUGUGGCAGCAUCUGAAUUCUAUCGCAAUGGGAAGUACGAUCUUGACUUCAAGUCACUUGAUGAUCCUGCCAGGCACAUCACUGGGGAGAAGCUUGGAGAACUGUAUAAGAAUUUCAUCAAGAACUAUCCUGUGGUCUCCAUUGAGGACCCCUUUGACCAGGAUGACUGGGGCACAUGGACCUCUUUCCUCUCGGGGGUGGACAUUCAGAUCGUAGGGGAUGACCUCACAGUCACCAACCCAAAGAGAAUUGCACAAGCUGUUGAGAAGAAGGCCUGCAACUGCCUACUGUUGAAGGUGAACCAGAUUGGCUCAGUGACUGAAUCCAUACAGGCCUGCAAACUGGCUCAGUCUAAUGGCUGGGGGGUGAUGGUGAGCCACCGCUCUGGGGAGACUGAGGACACGUUCAUUGCUGAUCUCGUGGUGGGACUCUGCACAGGACAGAUCAAGACUGGUGCCCCUUGCCGCUCAGAGCGUCUGGCCAAAUACAACCAACUCAUGAGGAUUGAAGAGGCUCUUGGGGACAAGGCUGUCUUUGCUGGACGCAAGUUCCGUAACCCGAAGGCCAAGUGAGAAGCUGGAGGCCCCAAGACCUGACAGGACAGACCCAAGCCUGUGAACUCUUCUUGAAAUAAAAAUGGUGCCAAAUAAGA